GAGGCUCUGGGCAGAAAGAGAGAGAGUGAGAGCAAACGCACUUUCAAAACUAGAGAGAGAGAGAGAGAGAGAGUAGACAUACAUUUUCUUACUCCUGAAACCCCACAUGGCUUUCUCCACCCUCUCUUGUCCCCUCUCUCCUCAUCUCCACAACCCCCAAUUCUCUUCCAAGCCCUCUGCAAAAACCCCAAGUUUCAACCAACUAGAGUCACACCUCAAGCCCUCCAAAACCCUAAUCUCUUCGUAUUCUUCGAUUUCGAAACCCUAUACGACCAGACCAAUUAUUUCCCCAUCCAAAGGCCUAAUUUCUAUUUCCUCACUUCACUGCACCUCUUCUGAAACUGUAUCACAUGAAUCAACAGAAGAAGUAGAAGAUGAAGGCUCGCCAUGGGAAGGAGCAGUUGUGUACAAGAGAGACUCCUCUGUUACUCAUCUGGAGUACUGUACUACUCUUGAAAGGCUAGGGCUCGGAAAACUCUCGAGCGACGUUUCGAAUUCUAGGGCAUCGUCCAUGGGAAUUAGGGUUACGAAAGGGGUUACUGAGUACUCUUCCGGUACCCCUGUUCAAAUCUCCAUUGAUGUUUAUAGGAGGAAGCAGGAUAUCAAGCUUGAUGGCAUUCUCAAGACCGUGAUUACUCUGGCUUGUAACAGGUGUGCUGAACCUGCUGCUGAAUGUGUGUUCUCGGACUUCACUCUUCUAUUGACAGAUGAGCCCAUCAAUGAAGAGAAUGAUGAGAUGAAUUUUGGUGUGUUAUAUGGUGACGAUAAAUGGAGAAGCUACAAAAAUGUUGGUGUAGGUGAAGAGGAAGCGAGAGAGGAGGUCAUAGACUUGGACGAUAGGCUAUAUUUUCCACUUGAAGAGAGAGAAAUAGACAUCUCAAAACACAUAAGAGAUGCAGUGCAUGUUGAGAUCACAAUAGAUGCCAUUUGUGAUGCUAAUUGUAGGGGUUUGUGCCUUGAAUGUGGGGUGAAUUUGAACAAGAGCAGAUGUGGUUGUGGCCGUAAGAAGAAUGAGAAGAGAGAGAGGGAAAGUAGUCCUCUUAGUGGUCUCAAACACCAAACUUAUAAGCAAUAAAUUCGUAUAAAGUUGAUCGUUUAUUUAAUUGUGCUGUAUCCAUAUUGAGCUGUAAUCACUCUUUAGUUAUUUUUAUGUGUUUCUCUCUCACACACAUA